GUCUGAAUAAUUGUAUCAAUGUGAUAUUUCACCUUUUAUUUUUAAUACAUUUGCAAAAUCUUCUAAAGUCCUGUUUUCACUUUCUGGAUCAUUGAGUGUUGCUUGAUGUGCGUGGAAAAUAAUUUAAAUUCUUUUAGCAUAAGCCUGCAAAAUAACAAAACGUGGAAAAGUGAAGUGGUUUGAAUACUUUCUGUGUGCACCGUAGUUUAACUGACCAUAUCAGAUUUAUUGAACAAGCAGGUUCUGGAAAUGGGAUUGUCACAGUGAUAGAGGUUUGUUCAAUUAAGUUUUUGAAGGUAAUCCAUUUUGAUAUGCUGGAUGUUCUUUUCAUUUCCUGUCUAUCUGAAGUGGUCUUCUCCUUCUCAGGUUACCCUAGGCCAUGACUGGAGUAAGAACGAUGAAAAGCUGCUCCAGGCUGCAGAGGCAAACAAUGUUGACCGCCUGUCCAACCUCCUAAUAAAAAAAGGUCUGAAUCCUCUCAAGCUUGAUCCAGAGGGAAAGUCGGCGUUCCAUGUGUGUGCCAUGCGUGGUAGCAUUGAUUGUCUAGAAAUCUUGUUAUCUCAUGGAGUGGAUGUCACCGUCCUUGAUGGAGCAGGCCUCAGCACCUUACAUCUCGCUGCCAAGUAUGGACACCCUGAAUGUGUGAAGAGGCUCCUUCAGGAGAGCAGCCCUGUAGAUCUUACAGACACUUAUGGGAGGACAGCUCUGCAUCAUGCAGCCAUAUGUGGCUCCCUAUCCUGUAUAUACACCCUCUGUGAUUUUAAAGCUGCUGUUAACACUAAAGAUGGGAAUGGAGCCACAUCACUUAUCCUAGCUGCUCACAUGAGCCGAUCUGAGCUUUGUGGCUUUUUGAUUGAGCAAGGUGCAAAGGUGGAUGCUCAAGAUCUUCAGGGAAGGACAGCCCUCAUGUUGGCAUGUGAGAAUGACAGUCUGGAGACUGUGGAUCUCCUGUUGCGGGCUGGAGCUGAUGCAAAGAUCACCGACCAUCUCGGCCAUAGCGCUGUCCAUUACAGCAUGGCUACAGGAAAUGAGGCUGUCCUGCACCUCCUCAAGUCUCAGCCCAUCCAAUCUCCCCAGAGCAGCGGUAAACCAGGAAUGUCUGACACAAAAAUUUACUUGUGGCAGGCUAAAGAAUUCUGUCAGUUGCUUUUAUUGAACAAAGUGGAACUACUACUGAAUAAAAUUAAUUUUUUCUCUUUUUUUUGUGCUCUUCCUGUGAAAGCAGAAAAGGAUUUCAAGAUUCCAAAGGCAUCCCCACAUGUAGGAUCUGAGAAAGGCACACCCCGUAAAAGGAAAGCCCCUCCACCUCCACAGGUGGUAAUCACUCCUUCCCCAGAUCCCCCAGCCCCUGCAAAAGAAGAUCUUCCAGUACAGACAAAUAAGGGAGAAGAUGAAGAAGUGUUUGAGGAAAUCCGCAGGUUGAGACAGGAGCGUGCACGCCUGUUGCAGAAGAUUAAAAGCCUGGAACAACUCUGCCAGUCUGCCCAGCAACAAGAGAGCCGCAUGACAAGCCUGGAGGAGGAGUUGGGAGCCCUUCAAGAAAUGCUGAAGCUCAAAGAGCAGGAGAAUGAAGUUUUAUCAGCCCAGGUAUCUGAGCUACACGGAAGAGUGCAGAAUGCUGGAGAUGAAGAUACAGAGAGUCAGGAUUCUCAGGAUGUGGACGAUCUGCUGGAGUUCCCAGGGGCAGAGAAGCUCCUGUCCAGGAUGUCACGAACUUCUGAUGAUGAUAUCUUGUCAAGUCUGCAGAAAGAAGUGGACCUUCUAAAUCAGGAGAAUAAGGAUCUGCAGGAGAAAGUGAAGAUGCUGGAAAUGUAUGAAAAGGAUGACACAAACAUGGAGAUGUCAUCUGGCGAGGACUUCAUACCUGUUACACUCUAUGACUCCCUGAAGCAGGAGAUGGACCAACUGCAAGACCUCUAUAAGCAGGCCCAGUGUGAAGUGACAGCUCUGCAGGAGCUGGGCACCACAGAGAAUGCUGGGGACGUGGCCACACUGAAACAAGAGUAUGAGGCUCGCAUACAACAAUUGGAAGCAGCUCUUGCUGAGGCUCAGAAGAGUGAGACUCCAAAUGUGGGCGAUGAGAGCCUUGUGACCAAAUAUGAAGAGACUCUUGCUGAACUUGAGAGACUACAGGAACAGGUCAAGAUGUCAGAAAACAACAGCCACUCACCAAAUAGUGAGGUGCUAGAAGAAGGCAAGUCGCAAAUCAGUGGGCUUUCUGAAAAGCUCGUUGAAAAAGAACAGAUGAUGGAGGAGCUGGAAAAGAAGGUGAAGGAGCUCCAGAUGGAGAUGACCCACAUGGUCUCUCUGGAAGAGUAUGAAGAAAUGAAACUAAGCCUCAACUACAAUCUGGAAGAAAUCUCUCGGGAGCGGGCAGCUCUGGCAGAAAGUCGCAACACUGCCCUUUUGGAAAUUGAGAAGAUGAAGUCUCAAAAGAGUACCAAGGAUGAAGAAGAGGAUGAGGAGGAGGGCCAGGAGAAGGAAGAUGUGUCAGAGACACUAGCUGUUGCUUCUUCAGUGCAGGAAGUUGCUGUUUUAGAAGCUGAACUCAAAGAGAUGAAAAAUCUACUGGAGGAGACACAGAAGAACGUGCAGGCUGAGAAAGAGAGCCUGACCAAGGAAAUUCGUGACCUACAGGAUCAGCUGCAGUCUCAGUACAUCCACAAGGCUGAAUAUGAGAAGCUGCAGUCUAAACUUUCCACACAGCUGCAGGAAUCCAGCAGGACUCUACAGGAACUGAGAGAUGAGCUGGGGCGAGCACAACAAGAUAACAACAAGCUGCUGAGGGAUGUGGACAGUCUGAAGCGGGAGUCAGUCCCUAAAGCUGAGCACCUACAGAUUAAGGAGUCUCUGGAGAAGAAAGUCCAGCAGUUUACCCAAGAGCAGGCCUCACUGGACACAGAGCUGACCAAGCUACGGGAGCAGAAGGAAGGCAGUGUGUCUAAGGAAGAGCACGAACAGACGAGGUGUUCCCUGCAGGUGGAGGUGAACACUUUGACGGCAAGACUGAGUGAACUGACCCGCAAGCACGAGAAGACAUGCACCGAGGUCUUCCAAGUGCAGCGGGAGGCUCUCUUUAUGAAAAGUGAAAAGCACGCAGCAGAGGCCCAGCUUGCCACCGUGGAGAAGCAGCUGAGUGACCUAAAGGCUGAGUCGGGCCGCGUUCACGAGCUGCACAAGAACAUUGAGGAAUCUAACAGCCUGGUCAAAGAGCGGGAUCGCAAGAUAACAGAGCUAUCCAAGGAGGUGUUUAAACUCAAGGAAGCGCUGGGGACCUUGUCAAACCCUCUGACCCCCAUAUGCAAACAGAUCCCUGCCCGGGCAGACCACCAUGAAUUGGAGACUCUCAAGAGCCGUGUUAGUGUGCUGCAGGGUCAGAUACAGGAAUGUGAGAAAAAGCACCUGUCAGUGGUAUCUGUAUAUCGAGCUCAUUUGCUCUCUGCUGUUCAGGGACGGAUGGAUGAGGAAGUGCGAGUUUUGCUGUUGCAGAUACUACGGAUGCAUCAGUUGGGGGGAUUUGCCCACUGAAAGACUUUCUACACACACACACUCACACACACACCAAGUCAUGUGUUCAGUAGCCCUCUUACAUUUGCACAAACAUCUCCUUAGACUGUCAUUUAUGGAGGCUCUUUAACUUAAGAUUUGUACUCACUUAGAAGACCAAAAGGACCCGAGGGCACCAGCCUGAUCAUUAAAAUAUAAUUAGGACACAGAUAUUAAAAAGUAGGGGAGAACAUUCAGUCCAUGAAGCUGGUUCUCUAAUAGCUGCUGUGUCUGACUGAUUCAUUGAUUGCUAUUUUGUCCAGUUAGCUCUUAAGUCACCUUCAGCUACAUGAAUAUUCCAUAUUCCCAUGAAGGACCACAUAGAAGACUAAUACCCAGCAGUCCUCACUCUGGAGAUGAUGACCUGAAGAUCGGCACCUAAUUGAGCAUAAAUCUGGAGAACAAUGACCUGUUGCUGCUCAGGUAAGGGACAUGUGACCAGGAAAACAAAGAACAGCAAUCUGAAAAGAGUGACUUUUUGGUCCCCAGCUAACAGAUCACCUCCCUGGAAAGCAUCUCCCUGGAGCUCAAUGAUCAUGAAGGAUAAGUUUGGUAUUUUUCAAUACCAAUAGCAGUCAUACCACCUGCACUUCAGAAGAUGUCCACCACCUGAAGCUAAGCAUGUUUGGGCCAGGCCAAGACCAACCAGGAAAAGACUGGGUCGCUGCUGUUAGAAGAGGUGAGGCCAGCAGGGGGCACUUACCCUCUUGUCUGAAAGUGGACCCCAAUGCCCCAGUGCAGUAGUGGGGACACUGUGUUGUUAAAAAUGGUGCCGUCCUUCAGAUGAUGAGUAAAAUGAGGUCCUGACUCUCUGUGGUCAUAAAAGAUCACUGGGUAUCCUUCACAAACAGAAGAGUGUAUCCUGAUGUCCUGGUUAAACUGUCCUCCAUGGCCUGGUCAUUUUGCCCCCCUA